AUGAAACAUCCAUAUCAAAUCCUAACAUCUGAUAAAGAAGGGAAACAUCUCUUUGCCGUAGUUAAAAAUUAUUUACAAGUUUUUAACAUUUCAAAUGGCGAAAAAAUUGGUGAAUGGAAAGAUACAACAGAAACAAAUUAUCAAAAUGUUCAAAUUGAAAAACGUACAGGUAGACAAAUUAUAACACAACAAAUUUUCAAUCAUAUUAAAUAUUUAAAACUUAGUAAAGAUGAAAAACAUAUAAUUGCAUCUACUGAUUCUGAUAAAUCUAUAUUAAUUUUCCGUAUCAAUUAUGAAUCAACAAAUUGUUUAGAAUUAAUUAAACGACAACCAAUUCCUAAAAGACCAUAUUCAUUAGAUGAAGAUAAUGAAGGAAAUGUUGUUGUUGGAGAUAAAUUUGGUGAUGUUUAUGUUGCUUUCUAUUGA